AUAGAGAGAGAGAGAGAGAGUUUUGUUCCAAAAGAAUAAUUGAAGCAGAAGAAGAUUCAGGUUGUUUGGAACCCUAAAACAAAAAAAGGAGAAAUCAAAAGAUGUUAUAGAAAAAGUUGGUUUCAUUUUGGCUUUCUUUUCCUCAUAAAACCUUUUUCUUUUUUUCUUUUUCUGAUACCAGCCAUGGCUUUUACUCUGAAACCCUCUUGAGUCAUACCUAUUUGAAGCUCAAAACAAUCAUCAGUCAGGGUGACGUAUUUUGAAGGUAGUUUGAUCAUUGAAAAUAGUACCUAGUGUUAAGAGCUCUGAGGAUUUUGGAAGCUUCUUCAUGUGUUAAUUAUGGUGACGUAAUCUGGAGCAUCAGUAAAGCUUCUUUCUGACUCAUUGCCAUUGGUAAAGAACUCAAACUUUUGAAGUUGUUGCCCUCUCUGUGAGAUUUGGAAAUGGAAUUUACAGUAUUGAGUGCAUUAUUUCUACAAGAUGUUAAGUGUCUUCCCAGUACUAUGGCAUUGCAAUAAAUCCCAGCAUUUAACUUUGCAAAUGAUGCUUUGAUUAGACAACCAAGAAUGCAGAAAAAUCAAUACAAUUCCAUGGAACCUAGAAAUGAGGAAUUCCAUCCUGCAUCACAGUCAGUCCUGCAAGAACAUCUGGAUGUCAUGCAUAAUACACGACCUUCUGCCUUUAACAUUUCAGAAAAUAAACCUGUACUUAAUUAUUCCAUACAGACUGGUGAGGAAUUUGCUCUUGAGUUUAUGAGAGAUAGGGUGAAUCUCAGGAAGCCUGCCUUUCCAAAUGUUGUGGGUGAUCCCAAUUAUUCAACCGGGUACAUGGAAUUGCAAGGCAUUCUAGGCCAUGCAGGAUCUGAAAGUGGGUCAGAUAUUUCUGUGCUCUCAAAGGUUGAAAAAGGUCCAAAAGAAUUUGAAAGAAGGAACUCUUCUCUGCAGCAGGACAGAAAUAAUUAUGGGUCAGCUCGAUCAAUUCCUAGAACUUCAUCUAAUCAAGACAAUAGCCGAGUCCUUCAUCGUAUUGCCUCUUCUGGAGCUUCUGACAGCUCAUCAGUGAAGAUGAAGGUUCUAUGUAGCUUUGGUGGUAAAAUAUUACCACGGCCCAGUGAUGGAAAACUUAGAUAUGUUGGGGGUGAAACACGCAUUAUUAGUAUAAGAAAGGAUAUACGUUGGCAGGAGCUUAUGCAGAAAACAUCAUCCAUAUAUAAUGAAGCUCAUGUAAUAAAGUAUCAGCUCCCUGGAGAAGAUCUUGAUGCCUUAGUUUCAGUAUCUUCUGACGAGGAUCUGCGGAAUAUGAUGGAGGAAUGUCAUGAUCUACAAAGCAGAAGAGGAUCACUAAAGCUUAGGAUGUUUCUAUUCUCUAUAAAUGAUUUGGAUGAUACUCAGUUUGGUCUAGGUAGCAUUGAUGGUGAUUCUGAAAUCCAGUAUGUAGUUGCUGUCAAUGGCAUGGACUUGGGAUCAAGAAACAACUCAAUCCUUCAUGGUGCCAGCAGUUCUGCUAAUAACAUAUACGAAUUGGAUGGACAAAAUAUUGAGAGGGAGACCAAUAGAGUUCUGGCAGAAGCAUUUGGAGUCAGCAGUUCUUCCUUGACUGGCAAUGUUAACUCAUCACUGACAACUCCAUCACAACCAAUGCUACCAUCCUCCUCAAAUGCUUAUGAAACCUAUCCGUUCUUUUAUGAUGACCAGAUCAUUCACCCCAUGGAAACUAGUCAAUAUCCACUACACCGUGGUCUUGAUCCUUCUAAUCACCUGACUCGCAAUCUCAGAGGGAUUCCAGUUUCUGUGCCUACUCAUGGUCUUGUUAGCCAAGGAAUCGUAAAUGAUGGGAAAGCAUCCGGUGAGUUGCAAGUACAAAUUUCAGAUAUACCAGAAAUGCAGGUAAAAAGAAAGGAUGAUAAUUUCAUUCAUUCAGGCAAUGACCCAGGAAAAUAUUUCUCCUCGGAAGCACCACAUCCUAUUCCCUUGCAGCCACUCGAGGGCAAUUUGCAUGGUAAUUUUUCAGAGGCAUCAGUUGCAGCUGCCAUAUCAGAAGGCCAUCAUCCUGCGCCGCCAUCAAAAAACAAGGGUCAGCUCCAGCCAUCUGAAGAUUCUUCUUCGUUGGUUAGUACUAUGAAUCCCACACUGGCUCCUAAAUCUGGUGAAGAUGACUUUUAUACAACAUCCACUGAUGCAUUCAGUUGCGCUCAUGUUGAUGCUGAGUCCAAUGUGAUUGAUUUCAGUUGCCUUGAACCACCUCCACUUCCAAACAGAGUCUAUUGUUCGGAGAGAUUUCCCAGGGAGCAGGCAGAUUGGCUGAAUAGGUCUACAAAGUCAGAUGAUGCAUAUGGUUCUCACUUGCUCAUGUCAGAUUUACUUUCUGAUUUCAACCAGAAAAAUUCAGUUACAGAAUCCAGUGACAUAUUAAACAAUGGGAAUCUGUCAAAUCUGAACACAGUGUCCAGUUCAGCUGCAAAGCCCUUGCAUGCAGAUGACCAUACCAUUGAUGAUGGAUUUGCCCAGCUGCAUAAGUACAAACAGUUGCCUGAUGCAACAAGUCAGGUGAAUGCAAAGUUAUCACAGCUUGUGGAUUCUGAGUUGAAGCAUGUAUUAUUAGACAAUAAAGUUUCUAGAAAUGAGGAUCCAGUACUCAGUUCUGAAAAUAAAACCAAUCGUUCGAAAGAUAACCAUAAUAUUCUCCUAGUUGAUGAAACCAAGGGCACUGAGCAUCUUGCAUUUCGCCAGGUUCCUUCUGUUGAACAUAAUGAGAAUCCAGCAUCUAAACUUCCAGACCUCAUCUUGGGUGAGGUUUCUACCAAGGAAUCCAAUAAUGGUACUAAGGUCCAAGCACAGCCUUUGGCUUUAACUGGAAACACAAGCCAAGAUAUUUGUCAAGAUGAUUCUAAAUCCAGACCGACUCCUGGUGAUAUUGUGAUUGAUAUUGAGGACAGGUUUCCCCGUGAUUUCCUUUAUGAUAUGUUCUCCAAAGCAAUACUUUCUGAAGAUUCCUCAAACAUUGGUCCAUUACCAACAGAUAGAGCAGGUUUGAGCUUAAACAUGGACAGUCAUGAGCCAAAACAUUGGUCAUAUUUUCAGAAGUUGGCCCAAGGGGGGUUGGAUAAUGUUGCUCUAAUUGAUCAGGAUAAUCUUGGUUUUUCAUCUACUAUUAAAAAAGUACAAGAAAGAGAUAGUAAAUCUCUGCAAUCUGAACCUCUACCAGCAGAUGCUGUUUUGGCAGGACAAAAGGAUUCCCACCUAAAUUUUGGUGAAGAAAAUCAGAAAAACUUACCUGUAACAACUAGAACUGAAGCCACUGUUUUUCACCCAAAAUAUGACCAUGCCCAACUUAAGGGAAAUGAAAAUAAGAACAUGGAUGCCAUAAUAGAAAACAUAAGACCGCAGGAGUCUGAAUAUCAGGAUGGCAAGAAUGAAACAAGUAAUGUGGAUAUAGCCCCACAAGAUCCUUCUUUGGGGGAAUUUGAUAUCAGUACUUUGCAGCUCAUAAAGAAUGAAGAUCUUGAAGAGCUACGAGAACUGGGUUCUGGUACCUUUGGGACUGUGUAUCAUGGAAAAUGGAGGGGAUCAGAUGUUGCAAUUAAAAGAAUAAAGAAAAGCUGCUUCGCUGGUCGAUCUUCAGAACAAGAGAGACUGACUCUUGAGUUCUGGCGGGAAGCUGACAUACUUUCCAAGCUUCACCAUCCAAACGUGGUGGCAUUUUAUGGUGUAGUUCAGGAUGGACCAGGAGCAACAUUAGCGACUGUUACAGAGUACAUGGUGGAUGGUUCUCUUCGGCAUGUUUUGCUCCGUAAGGAUAGGUACCUUGAUCGCCGCAAGAGGUUGAUAAUUGCCAUGGAUGCAGCUUUUGGAAUGGAAUAUUUACACUCAAAAAAUAUUGUGCAUUUUGACUUGAAAUGUGACAAUUUGCUUGUAAACUUGAAGGAUCCUUUACGGCCAAUAUGCAAGGUUGGCGAUUUUGGCCUGUCAAAAAUUAAGCGAAAUACCCUGGUAUCUGGAGGUGUACGAGGAACUCUACCUUGGAUGGCACCAGAACUACUGAAUGGUAGCAGCAAUAAGGUUUCAGAGAAGGUUGAUGUGUUCUCCUUUGGCAUUGUGUUGUGGGAGAUUCUUACUGGUGAAGAGCCAUAUGCUAAUAUGCACUAUGGUGCGAUAAUAGGAGGUAUUGUGAAUAACACACUAAGACCUACAAUCCCUAGUUAUUGUGAUCUUGAGUGGAAAACACUAAUGGAGCAGUGUUGGGCACCUAAUCCUGCGGUCAGGCCAUCCUUCACAGAAAUUGCUCGCCGCUUACGUGUAAUGUCUGCAGCUGCUAGUCAGACCAAAGGACAGGGCCCCAAGGCAUCUAAAUGAUAAUCAACAGAUUUGAUCUGAUGCCCAUAUAUGCAUUCAUUCAAUUGUGUUCCAAAAAUGCUAUAUAAUACAAAUAUAUGAGGACCAGCAAUAGUUGUUUGUGUUGUAAUUUUAUGGUCACUACACCAGGUGUUUGUUUUGCUGAUUGUAAAUAUAUCAAUGAGUGUGAAACCAUAUAAAUCAUAUUGUAUGUUAACAUUUGGGCUUGUAAUCCUAUUUCCACCGUGAAUCUUGUA